AUUAAUUAAAAUCAAGUGGGGAAAAAGCUUUUGUUUCUCUCUCUCUCUUCCUCAUUAAAAAAACAUUUUCUGUUUUUCUCGUUUCAAUAGAUUUUUUUCAUAUUCAAAUGACAACGACAUUUUAAUUAACGUUUGUUUUGAAGAAUUAUGUGAACAACCAACCAACCAACCAACCAUCCAUCAUCACUCAUCAAUUGAAAUAAUAAUUUUUUUUCUUCAUUAAAUACGUGAAAAUUUCCGAGAAAGUUCCCGGGAAAAUCAUUCUCAUAAAAAAAUGGCCGAUUUUUAUCAUGAUAGCCUUAUGCAUAAUCUAAGUCAUCAUAUUUAUCAACAACAACAACAAGAUCCAUCAAUAAUCGAUCCAACAACAACAGCAACAGCAGCCAUAAUGCUGAACGAUGAACGUGAAUGUUUUAAUGUAACCGAAUUGGAAGCCGUACCAAAUCGUUUAGGACAAUGGUUUUUAAUAUCUUUGUAUUCACUGACAUCAUUAUUAGCUUUGAUUGGAAAUUUAACAGUCAUUAUUGUCGAAUUAUAUGGUAAAGAAUCGGCGCAUAAUAUACGAAAAUAUCUCAUAAAUUUGGCUGUAUCUGAUAUUACGAUCGGUGUCCUAUGUGUACCAUUUACAUAUACAGAUUUUAUGCUUGGACAAUGGAUAUUUCCACAUUGGUUAUGUCCAACAGCACAAUUUGUACAAUUAUUAAGUGUUUUUGUUACAUCUCUAACAUUAACAUUUAUCGGUAUUGAAAGGUAUGUUUUGUUUGAUUAUAUUCUUCUUUUCUUAAAAUGUCAACUUUUUGGAAACUGA